UGAACCGCCGAGCGGGUCACACAGAAAGGGGCCGCAGCGGGCCGCUGGCUCCGGCGGGGCCGUCCCAGAGCACAGGGCACAGGAUUGCGCCCAGAAAUGCUCUGGGAUGUCUCCAGUGAGGGAGACUCCACAGCCGCUCCGUGGAAACCUGUUCCAGUGCUCACAGUAAAGGAUUUCUUCCUCCUGUUCAGAUGGAACUGCCCGUGCGUGCCUGCCCGUUACACCGAGCAGGGCCUGGUUCCAUCGUCUCGGCACCCUGUCUUUAGAUAUUUAUACACAUUGACGAGGUUCCCUCUCAGUCGUUUCUUGUGGAGGCUGAACAGGCCCAGCUCCCUCUGCCUUUUCUCCUGAGAGCAGUGCUCCAGUCCCUUAAUUCCCCUCCGCUGGAUGUGCUCCAGGAGCUCCGUGUCUCUCCUGUACUGAGAAGCCCAGAACUGGACACAGAACUCGGGAGACUUUCCUCCGGUUGUUUCUCACACAGCCCCUCUAAAAGCUCUGGCUAUAUGUCAGUGUUACCCACUGGAGCACCCUCAGCCCACUCUGGAAUAGCACCUGCAGUGCAGGGUGAAGGAUCAGCCUGCCCAGAUGCCGCCUGUCUCUCCUGUGUGAAUCGCCAUUUCCACAUGAUUUGCAUCCGGGAUAAAUUCAGCCAGAAUAUCGGACGGCAGAUUUCAUCCAAGGUGAUUUGGGACCAUCUGAGCACCAUGUAUGAUAUGCAAGCUCUUCAUGAAUCAGAGAUUCUUCCAUUCCCUAAUAUAGAGAAGAAUUUUGCUCUUCCUGAUGAAAUGAUUCAAGAAGUGAGAGAAGGAAAAGUAAUGAUGGAAGAAGAAGUGAAAGAGGAAAUUUUAAAAGAAGAGCUGGAAACACAUGCAGGUCCAGAAGAAGUUUUUGCACCCUCUGGAACUUUAGGAAAAGCAACUGAAAAGCCAAGCAGCAAAGAGAAAGAGAAAACUUCAUCAGAUUCUGGAUCCAAAGAAGGAUCUGAUAAGAGGAAGCGCAACAGAGUCACUGAGAAGGUGUUAAAUGCAAACAGUAACCCUUCCAGUCCCAGCGCCGCCAAACGCCGCAGGACGUAGAGCUGUGAGAGAGGAGUGACAGACUCUGGGAUGGGAGGGGGGAACAGCAAAAACAAGUCACAGGAUAGUUGCUACAGAAACUCUUUGAGGAAGGAAAAGAUACCUGAGCCAGGUGUUUGAAGAAUCCGCACAUCGGCUUUAUACGCGCAAGACUCUUGGGCUGGUGCGUUCCCUGGCUGCCUUCUGGGGGCCUGGGGAGCAGGCUGGGAAUGUGGAGAGUGGGUGUAACAGUGCCAGUGGCUGCAUUCCCAACCAGCAACACGCUCUGUGGCAGCACAGCUCAUGAAACCCGUGCCCAGUGCAACACGGGGCCUCGGAUCAGCAAAAGCAAAGGCGAUUCCUGUAAACCUGGGAUUGUGUUUUCUGCCUUUGUUGCCGUCUGUGAGUAUCACAGACCAUCUGUGGGUAAUGUUUUGGCCAUUUCACUUGCUGCAAACAUAGCACUUGUAUCAAAUGUCUCAAUUUGUUGGUUCAGUACAACUAAAAUUCUUUUAAAUGCAGGUAACUACUGAGUUGAAGUGUUCUGUCGCUCUGUUGGCUGGAGGAACCUCAUUUGACCCUUAGAGAUGUAACAUUUUUCAAUCUUUCUAAGUUUAUAUGCCAUAAGUGAAGUGAAAAUUGUAAUGCCCCUAGCCAGAAUAAUUAAUAAGUGUCCUAAAUAAAAUAUCUGGAGAUGUCACAUUGUUUUGUAAGGGAUCAGUUGAGCUGUGCAUGAACCUGGAGGUGUUGCUUCAUCCGUUUGUAAUACAGUAGUGUAAAACAGUGGGGUUUGUACUUAAUUAUUUAUUUUUUUAAAGCGGUUUUAGUAGAUGUAAAUGGAAUUGGUUUUCCAAAAUGUUCAUUUUGUUCUACAGCUGAAGAACCUUACUGACACUGUAAUGCUUAUCUUUUAUAUGCUAAGAUAUUGAGAUUUGAUAAAAUUACUAUUUUUGUGCUGUGAGAAGAUGGACCACAGUCAACAAACACCUGUUACAUGGUGAAUGAAGCAGGUUGAAAUGGUACUGAAUUUGUUUCAUUAUAUUAACUACCAGUUAAUAAAAGGAAGAAUUACUUCUUAAUCUGUCAGUAUUGCCUUCAAGGUGAGGCACUAGGAGUCUACUACUUUUUGCUUUUAUUCUAGGUACGUAGCCAAGUUCUUGUCUGCCUUAUUUUCUUCUCUUGUUUUAUACCAAGAAUAAAUUUGACUUGUUUUUAUUUUACUAAA